GAGGCGGGCUCGGGGCCCGGCCAGGCGCGCCGGACGUGCGGGACAGUCCAUGCCGGAGACGACGACCUCCCGGGCAGCGAGGGCGGACUGCGGCUAGCGGCGGCUUGCGGCCAGCAGCUGGCGACCGUGCCGGCUGCGCACGGACGCGCGCCUGGCGGGCGCCGCGGCGAGCGGGCCGAGAUGCCUUGGGCCGCGUCCGAGGAGCGCUCCGCCGCGACCGGCCGCAGCCGGUCGCUGGCCUCGAGGGGCGCCGUCGUGGACCUCGACGCUAUGGUUCUGACCGAGGAGUCCAAGAUGCAGAACCGCGCCAGCAUGCUGCAGGCAUCGAUGGAGAGCGAGGAGGGCGGCCAGGUGGGGACCACCUUGUCUCCAGAACAGCGCAAGAUCGCCCACCUUGAGAAGUACGAGAAGGAUUUCGUCGUGGAGCUGAACGUGACCGAGGCGCGCGAGACAGGGAAGCUGAUGGGAAUUGCGGUCGACCGCGACGUCGAUUUCCAGCCCGCGAAGGUGGCGACGAUCCACAAGACCGGCCUCAUCGAGGAGUGGAACAAGAACAACCCCGACAAGGAAGUGCACGUGGGCGACGAGGUCGUUCGCGUCAACAACAUCCAGUGGCACGCAAACACGGAGACGUUCAUUAAACGCAUCGCUGGCCAGUUCAAAGCCGGGCGCAAGGGGCUAGAGGGGGCGGAUGAAAUCUUCAGGCUCUACAUCCAGAGGCCGAGGGUUUGGCAUCACAACCGCUUUGCUAUGCAGCGGGAAGACGCUCACAACAAAGAGUACUCUACUGAAUUCGUCGCCCAGCUGCUCAUGCCCGAUAAGCUUGACAGCUCCCUGGACAAGAUCAUGGGCUGGGCCCUUGGCCUCCAGCAUGGAAAGGAAGGGGCCCAGGACUGGAAGCCGGUCGUCAUCAAAAAGAUCGAAGAAUUCGGCCCAGUGGCGGAGUGGAACAACAAGCACCCAGACCAGUUGAUCUUGGAAGGAGACGAGGUCUUGCAGUUUGACAAUGUCAUCUUCCACCACAACGCCACGAGAUGGAUGACUGUCCUUCGGAAGCACUACAGGUCCGCCACCGUAGACAACAGGACCCACAGGUCGGCGCUCGUCCGAGUCCAGAGGCCGAGAUGGAUCCAGGAGGCCUUCGACGAGACGCACCCACUAGGAGAGAUCUUCCAGGAGGAGCAGCGGUCCGUUCAGAUCAGCUUCCCUCAGCGCCGCGUGCCGCGCCUGGUGGAAAAGUACAACACCGAGCACCCCGAGGGAAUUGCGGUUGGCGACUUGAUCGUCGGAGUGAACGGCGCCUUCUGUCAGCAGCACAAGACGGCGCAGGACUUCUACAUAGCCGUCUUCGAGGCGCUCAGGGUGGCCGCCUGGAAAGGACUGCCUCUCAAUCUUACGUUGCGGAGGCCCAUCGGGCCUGCCAUCAAGGGCCGCAGAAACAUGGAGCAUGGGGUGCACAUGGAGCCCAAGGUACUGUGCCGGAGUAUGUGGUGCGAGCUAUUCUGUCAUACCACGGGCGCCGUGCAACGUCUCGAGACGCUCUCGGAGACAAUAGCCCGCAAUUCAUUCGCAAGCCUCAGCUACCCCACGUGGCCCGGCGAGAUUGAGCCGCGCCCCAGCGGGGCGAACGAGAUUCCCGCGGACCUGUGCGACCCCGACGUCUCGCUCGGCAUCGCCCCGCACGACGGCACGAAGCUCUCGGUCACUCGUGGCGGGCUCGCGCCGCAGGACACCGCCGCCUUGGUCCACGCCCAGACCCGCGCGUGCCUGCCACGCCCAGAGUGGAUCACCCUGCUCACCGACGAGAGGAAGGUCUGCUCGAGGGUGGGGAUCUGCUUCGUGCGGAAGACGAUGGGCACGGCGCGGAUGGCGCUCGAUUGUCGCCCAGCCAACGCCCUCCACAGGCGCGCCUCGCACUGGCGCGCGGCCGCUAACAGCAAGGUGACGUCGCCGGUGCUGGACCAGGCCUUCGCGGAAUACGCUGCUGCGGACUCGUCGUCGCUGCGGGGGGCCUGCGGGCCGCGACGCGGCGGUCUCGCCGGCGGGCUGCUGGCGGGGUGGAGCUGGGCGCUGCAUUUCCACCGCGACGCCCUCUCGCGGGCGCGCAGCCGCGCCUGGGAGUCGCUGGAGGCGCCCGCCGCGCUGUUGGCGGUCGAAGAGCUCGCGAUCGCCGGCUUCGCGGUGCGCGAGAGGGGCGACCCCGCGCGGGGCUUCGAGGCGACCGGCCUUCUGUUCAACGGCGCCCGGCGCCGGGCGCGCCAGGCCGGCGCGCCCGGGGCGCCGCUGACCCGCCCUUGGCGAGGUCUGGCGGCGGACGUCGCUCAGCAGGGGCCGCGGGCGGCGGCUUCCCUGAGGUUCGCGCGCGACGAGAACCAGCGGCACCUCGCGCAGCACCAGCGCAACCACCAGCGCAGCACCAGCGCAACCAGCAGCACCGCGCGCAGCACCAGCGCAAUGGCGGUUUGGAUUCUGCAGGAGGACCAGAAAAUGAUGAAGGUGCCAAUCUUCACACACGAGUGGGGCAAUCAGGGCAGCUGGUUCCCGCUCUACGUGAGAACGAUGACGACGGGCUCGCGCGCCGGCAAGUUCCCGACGGUCGAGGAGACCAAGAAGGAGGCUAAGCGCUCGCUCAGCUUCAUUGACGAGGGCGGCGAUAUCGACUUCUGGUUGGUGAAGAUGCCCCGCCCAGGGGAUGCUAUGCCACAUGUUCCCGAGCUGUGCCACAACUACCCGCUCAGCGACGACUGGAUCAUCAACGACAGGUCGGCGCUCGUGAUGAACGUCACGUAUCCACUUUCUUGCAAUUUUGAACAGAACGAGCAGAGCAGCACGGGCGGGCCCACUGAUGGCCAGCAGGCGACGGCGGACCAGCAGGCGACGGAGCCACCCACAGUGGGCAAGCCAGCGACGGAGGACGAGGGCUACAACCAAGGGCGGUGCCAGCAGCAGAGCAGUAUCGAAAUUUCGACGCCAGCGAGCGACGCCAGCAUCAAGGACUGGGUGGCGUCGAAGGCCUUCAAGACGAAUAUGACGUUGGGCGAGAUCGAUGGCUUGAACGUCGACGACAUCUACAAGAUCGGCUACGCGGCGGGGCUCCAGGCGAAGCAGGCUCAGAAGGACCAGCGCAGCAGCCAGCAGGACCAGGGCGGGGCGCUAUGGCUCGAGGCGGCGUCGCCUCCACCCAGCCCCUGA